AACGUGCUUGGACGAGGGGCGCGAGUCAGUCUGGGAGUUGUAGUUCCAGGUCGCUGUGGGGCGCGCGCCUGACGGAAGUGGCUGGAGAAGGCGGGCGGAAGCUCCACGCCGAGGUACUGGGUUAGGUGCUGAGGCGGCGGCGGCGGCACGUAAAAGACUGAGUGACUGAAGCUCCAAAGGCCAGCAGGCUGGUGGGGACGUGACCGAAGCGAGGCUCUAGUUCCUUUUCGGUGGGCGCCAGUUGAGCCUCGCCUCUGGCUUCCCCAGGAUGCGCCGGCAGCCGGGGAGUGGCUGCAGGCGCGGGGCCUAACGAUGAUCUUUCCUGUUCUCCGCUACGCGCUCCGGUGGCUGCGACAGCCCGGAGACCGUGCGUUUUCCCGCCCCGCCAUGGAGGUGGCCCUCCGAGGCGUGCGGAAAGUCCUCUGUGUGGCCGAAAAAAAUGACGCGGCCAAGGGGAUCGCCGACCUGCUGUCCAAUGGUCGCAUGAGGCGGAGAGAAGGACUUUCAAAAUUCAACAAGAUCUAUGAAUUUGAUUAUCACCUGUAUGGCCAGAAUGUUACCAUGGUAAUGACUUCGGUUUCUGGACAUUUACUGGCUCAUGAUUUCCGGAUGCAGUUUCGAAAAUGGCAGAGCUGCAACCCUCUUGUCCUCUUUGAAGCAGAAAUUGAAAAGUACUGCCCAGAGAAUUUUGUAGACAUCAAGAAAACUCUGGAACGAGAGACUCGCCAGUGCCAGGCUCUGGUGAUCUGGACUGACUGUGAUAGAGAAGGCGAAAACAUUGGGUUUGAGAUUAUCCACGUGUGUAAGGCUGUAAAGCCCAAUCUGCAGGUGUUGCGAGCCCGAUUCUCUGAGAUCACACCCCAUGCCGUCAGGACAGCUUGUGAAAACCUGACUGAGCCUGAUCAGAGGGUGAGCGAUGCUGUGGAUGUGAGGCAGGAGCUGGACCUGAGGAUUGGAGCUGCCUUUACUAGGUUCCAGACCCUGCGGCUUCAGAAGAUUUUUCCUGAGGUGCUGGCAGAGCAGCUCAUCAGUUACGGCAGCUGCCAGUUCCCCACAUUGGGCUUUGUGGUAGAGCGGUUCAAAGCCAUUCAGGCUUUUGUACCAGAAAUCUUCCACAGAAUUAAAGUAACUCAUGACCACAAAGAUGGUAUCGUAGAAUUCAACUGGAAAAGGCAUCGACUCUUUAACCACACGGCUUGCCUAGUUCUCUAUCAGUUGUGUAUGGAGGAUCCCAUGGCAACUGUGGUAGAGGUCAGAUCUAAGCCCAAGAGCAAGUGGCGGCCUCAAGCUUUGGACACUGUGGAGCUUGAGAAGCUGGCUUCUCGAAAGUUGAGAAUAAAUGCUAAAGAAACCAUGAGGAUUGCUGAGAAGCUCUACACUCAAGGGUACAUCAGCUAUCCCCGAACAGAAACAAACAGUUUUCCCAGAGACUUAAACCUGACGGUGUUGGUGGAACAGCAGACCGCCGAUCCACGCUGGGGGGCCUUUGCCCAGAGCAUUCUAGAGCGGGGUGGUCCCACCCCACGCAAUGGGAACAAGUCUGACCAAGCUCACCCUCCCAUUCACCCCACCAAAUACACCAACAGCUUACAGGGAGACGAACAGCGACUGUAUGAGUUUAUUGUUCGCCAUUUCCUGGCUUGCUGCUCCCAGGAUGCUCAGGGGCAGGAGACCACAGUGGAGAUCGACAUCGCUCAGGAACGCUUUGUGGCCCACGGCCUCAUGAUUCUGGCCCGAAACUAUCUGGAUGUGUAUCCAUAUGAUCACUGGAGUGACAAGAUCCUCCCUGUCUAUGAGCGAGGCUCCCGCUUUCAGCCCAGCACCGUGGAGAUGGUGGAUGGGGAGACCAGCCCGCCCAAGCUGCUCACCGAGGCCGACCUCAUUGCCCUCAUGGAGAAGCACGGCAUUGGUCAGUGGCUCCUCUGGUUAACUCACAUCUCGUUGAAGUUAAAGUUUAAGCGCGGUAGCCUUCCCCCGACCAUGCCUCUGGAGUUUGUUUGCUGCAUCGGUGGUUGCGACGAGACCCUGAGGGAGAUCCUGGACCUGAGAUUUUCAUGGGGCCCCCCCAGGGCUAUCCAGCCCUCUGGUCACCUGCAGGCUAGCCAGUCCGUGAACAGGAUGGACAAUAGCCAGCACCUCCAGCCUGCUGACAGCAGACAGACUGGGCCCUCAAAGGCUCUGGCCCGGACCCUCCCACCACCCACGGCUGCUGGUGAAAGCAAUUCUGUGACCUGCAACUGUGGCCAGGAGGCUGUGCUGCUUACUGUCCGUAAGGAGGGCCCCAACCAGGGCCGGCAAUUCUUUAAGUGUAACGGGGGUAGCUGCAACUUCUUCCUGUGGGCAGACAGCCCCAAUCCGGGAGCAGGAGGGCCUCCCGCCUCGGCAUAUAGACCCCUAGGCGGCUCCCUGGGACGCCCCCCAGGCCCAGGGAUCCACCUGGGUGGGUUUGGCAACCCUGGUGAUGGCAGUGGUACUGGCACAUCCUGCCUGUGCAGCCAGCCCACUGUCACACGGACUGUGCAGAAGGAUGGGCCCAACAAGGGGCGCCAGUUCCACACGUGUGCCAAGCCGAGAGAGCAGCAGUGUGGUUUCUUCCAGUGGGUCGAUGAGAACACCGCUCCAGGGACUUCUGGAGCCCCGUCCUGGACAGGAGACAGAGGAAGAAUCCUGGGGUCGGAAGCCAGAAGCAAAAGGUCCCGGGCCAGUUCCUCAGACACGGGGUCCACAGCAAAGAAACCCCGGAAAUGCAGCCUUUGCCACCAACCUGGACACACCCGUCCCUUUUGUCCUCAGAACAGAUGAGCUCAGGGUAGGGUAGAGCGUGCCACUUUCUCAGACCUGCCUCCUUUGUGUUGGGAAAUGAGUUAACCAGGACCAAGUGGCCACUUAGUGUCCUGGAAACUUGGAGGACAGUGUUGGCCUUUGGAGUCGGGCCUUUUUUGUGUUAAGGGGCACAAGGUCCAGACCACUGUGGAGCAGGCCAGCUCUGUUGGACAGUGGCCCUCUUCCCAAGCCUCAGAAGUGACCAUAGCCACUGCUGAAAAGUCCUGCAGCUGCUGCCUCGGACCCCCCAAGUGUGGUUGCUGUUAGCAGAGGAUUGGUGCAGUCCUAGCUGAAGCCCACUGUGUGCCAAAGGAAGAAGCUCCCAGGACUGCUUCCUUCACCUCCAGAAAGCCCCAAGUGAGCCGGCAGCACUCAUGGGGCAGGCCAUGUCCAGGCUGCCCAGGGCUUCUCUCAUAGAUGUCCUGAGAAGGACAGUGUAAUACAAGGAAGUGGCUGUGGUAACACUGAUCCCGCAGAAGAAGCUUCAUUCCCUCUUUAGUUAAGCUAGGACACCCAGAAUUCAUUGCCUUAAUAAAGAACCCAGGCUGGGUGCAGUGGCUCACGCCUGUAAUCUCAGCACUUUGGGAGACUGAGGUGGGUGGAUUGCCUGAGCUCAGGAGUUGGAGACUAGCCUGGGCAACACAGUGAAGCCCUGUCUCUCCUAAAAUACAAAAAAUUAGCCAGGCGUGGCGGUAUGCGCCUGUAGACCUGGCUACUCAGGAGGCUGAGGCAGGAGAAUUGCUUGAACCCAGGAGGCAGAGGUUACAGUUAGCCAAUACUGCAUCACUGGACUCCAGCCUGGAUGACAGAGCGAGACUCAGUUUAAAAAAAAAUUUAAAAAUUAAAAAAAAUAAAAGAAUCCAACCCCAACGGGGUGUGGAAGCUCACACCUAAUCCAGCACUUAGGGAAGUCAAGGCUGGAGGAUUGCUUGAGGUCAGUAGUUGAAGACCAGACUGGGCAACAUAGUUAGACCUUGUCUCUAUUAUUAAAGAUAAAGCCAAGCACAGUUGUACACGCCUUUAGUUAGUCCCAGCUGCUCAGGAGGCUGAAGUGGAAGGAUCCUUUGAACCCAAGAGUUUGAGGCUGCAGCAAGCCAUGA